GUCUGCGGCCGGCGGGCAGGCGACUCCUGUCCCGAGUGGAGGCGGCGGAGCCGGAGCCGGGGGAGGGGGCAGCGGCUAUCCGACGGACCGCGGCGACGCCCGCAGCUCCUCUCCGCAGCACCCCCACUACAGGCUCGAGGAGCUUUCCGGAGCUUCCCACACUUCUGGGGAGAAGACUUCUUAGCCAGCUUGAUGUUUAAAAUUCAGCUGGAGCCCUUAAAACUUCGAGCGUGGACGCUGAAUGGGUUUGUAAAGUUUCGAAACAAGGAGACCAGCACCGGUCCAGUGGCUGUGAUGGGAAAAGAUUAUUACAAAAUUCUUGGGAUCCCGUCAGGGGCCAACGAGGAUGAGAUCAAGAAAGCCUACCGGAAGAUGGCCUUGAAGUACCACCCAGACAAGAACAAAGAACCCAAUGCUGAAGAGAAGUUUAAGGAGAUUGCAGAGGCCUAUGAUGUGCUGAGUGACCCUAAGAAACGGAGCCUUUAUGACCAGUACGGGGAGGAAGGCCUGAAGACUGGCGGUGGUACAUCAGGUGGCUCCAGUGGCUCCUUUCACUACACCUUUCAUGGGGACCCCCAUGCCACCUUUGCCUCCUUCUUCGGUGGCUCCAACCCCUUCGAUAUCUUCUUUGCCAGCAGCCGCUCCACUAGACCCUUCAGUGGCUUUGACCCUGAUGACAUGGAUGUGGAUGAAGAUGAGGACCCAUUUGGUGCCUUUGGCCGCUUUGGCUUCAAUGGGCUGAGUAGAGGUCCAAGACGCGCUCCAGAACCACUGUACCCCCGGCGCAAAGUGCAGGACCCACCUGUGGUGCAUGAACUACGGGUGUCCCUGGAAGAGAUCUACCAUGGCUCCACCAAGCGCAUGAAGAUCACAAGGCGGCGCCUUAACCCUGAUGGGCGAACUGUGCGCACUGAGGACAAAAUCCUGCACAUUGUCAUCAAGCGUGGCUGGAAGGAAGGCACCAAGAUCACUUUCCCCAAAGAAGGUGAUGCCACACCUGACAACAUCCCGGCUGACAUUGUCUUCGUGCUCAAAGACAAGCCCCAUGCACACUUUCGCCGAGAUGGCACCAAUGUGCUUUACAGUGCACUGAUCAGCCUCAAGGAGGCGCUGUGUGGCUGCACCGUAAACAUUCCCACCAUUGAUGGCCGAGUGAUACCGUUGCCCUGCAAUGAUGUCAUCAAGCCAGGCACCGUGAAGAGACUCCGUGGGGAGGGCCUUCCUUUCCCCAAGGUGCCUACUCAGCGGGGAGACCUCAUUGUUGAGUUCAAAGUUCGAUUUCCAGACAGAUUAACACCACAGACACGACAGAUCCUUAAGCAGCACUUACCCUGUUCCUAGGCUCUGCCCCAGCUAGUCCAGAGUCUACCACAGCAAUACCCCACACUUACCCCAUCUCAUGUGCACCCAGCUUGAUGUCCACUGGACACUGGCAACUUUUUCUAAAAUGCAAAAAAAAAAAAAAAAAAAAAAAAAGCCACUGGUUUUCAGGAAAAAGUUCCUGUCCCUGACCCCUUUCAGAGCUGGGCUGCUUUGGGGAAGUGGGGGGGGAGGUGGGGAGAGCUAGCCCAGGCCAGGGGUCAAUUUUCAUGUCACUAGCUUUGAAUCCAGUUCUCACUGCAGUGGCUGGUGACUUGAGUGCUACUUGAAGAUAUAGUUUCCUUGUCCAUGCCUGUAAAUAGCAUGUCCUCCUCCCCUCUCAGCCUUGCUAAAACCUUUCCUCUCCCUUCCCUCUGGCUUCUUCUCACUGGAGGAGGAAAAGGAUGGAAAGGACACUGAUCUCCCACCCCCACCCCAGGCUCAGUGUCCAAGGUUAUUACACACAUAUUCAUACAUAUGAAGCACUCAUCUAGAGCUGUCUGUGCCUCUCCAGGAGCUGGGAGGAGAGGAGAUAGGAUGGGAAGGUCCAUAACCCAUGAACAGGGCCAUUGAGCACGAGACACUUUCAUUUGGGGCAGGGAGGUAAACCAACCCUCAACAGCCUCCCCAACAGCUGCCCAGCCUACACACCAUGGAGUUGGAGGUUCCGUCCUUCCUGCUGCUCUUGAGGGUAGAGGGAAAGGAAGGGGGGCUGAGGCAUUAUGGCUAAGAGCUAGGGCAGGACUCAUCUCCCAGCCAUCAUCAGGGAGGGAAAGGGCUUUGGGGUCAGGUGGCAGCUAUUUCCCACAAAGAGAUUCAGGGUCACAGGUUUCUCCCCACACCUCUGAACUCAGGGCCUAGCCACCCCAAACUUCCAAGUCCCAUUUUUGUGCUAUGUGAAACUACUUAUUUCUUACCCUUAGAGGCUGUGUGAGGAUUUUCCAGCCCUUUUAUGCCUGUUGUGACUCCACCCACUCCCUCAGUUGUACAAAAGUCAAUAGUAAAGGUCCUGGGGGAAGACUGCUUCAGCUGGUCCUGAGGUGGGGUCUUUAGGUUUUCUCACUUUGACAAGCCCCUGAAUGUUUUUAUAGUAGUUUUUUUGUAUUUUUUUGUAAUGACAGUAUUAUGGAAUAAAAUAAAGUAUUUUAAAAAUAU